AUGGGUAACAAUCUCUCCUCAACCUUUGUCCCCGACACUUCGAAAGUCGUCCUCAGCCCUGAAGACCGACACUCGGACAUGUUCCUCGGCAUAUUCUGGGCAUCGUCACUCUACGCCUGCGCCAUGAUCUUCAGCACCUGCGCCCUCAUCGACCGAUGGAAGGGUCCCUACGAUCGCGUUAGAAUGUCGCUUGGUUCAGUUAUGGGCGCUUUACUAUUAUCGACGGCGUGGCCUGUUGUCAUGGCAUACUUGAUCUUUUCGCCGGCUGAGGUCUAA